AUGGCCGAACAGACCUCAAUCCCGCUUAUCCAAGUGGCCAACAAACGGUACAAAGUUCUUACAGAGUCCCAGAAUGGUCAAUACGAGUCAUUUUCUUUAGAAUCUGAGGUAACUGGUAAAGAUCUGCCUACCACCCCUGAUGAAAUCGCAUUUCUUCGCGGAAAGGAAAUCAUUGUCCUGGAUUCUGUUAAAUCUGGAAAAGGGCGCACGGCGCAAAAUGAUUUUUGUUCCAACGUUAUCGAGCCCAUUUUCCACCAAUUACAAAUCUCAGCACGGAUUAUACGCACAUACAGCCAGGAAUCGGUCGCACAGCAUGCCCAGUCAUUGGCAGCCACGAAUCCAACCACUAUCGUCAUUUUCUUGUCAGGAGACACCACAAUUUCCGAAUUUAUCAAUAACCUUAACCAAAGUUGUACUGACUCUUCACAGAAGCCUUCGCUCUGGCUCCUGCCCUUGCCAUUUGGCACCGGAAAUGCUUGGACUACGUCUCUAGAAAUCCAGUGUCCUGUGACUGCCUUUGGUAAAUUUCUGCAAAACAAAUUAAGCCCGAAAACCUUCCCGCUUUACAAAGCCAUCUUUCCUAAUCAAUUCGAAAUCGUAUUUUUCAUAAUUCUGUCGAUCGGAUUUCAUGCAAACUUGCUCCACUUAUGUGAACAGCAUCGCUUUCAUAAUCUAGGCGUGGAAAAGUUCAGAAUUGCAGCACAGGAGAUCCUUGAGUCAUAUAAAUUGGACUACCCCCUUAUAAUACCGGGACAGUCCUCGCCCUCGAACUUUGCUUAUUUUGCACUCAUCAAUACGCCUCACCUGGAAAAGACUUAUAAACCUUCGCCUAAAUCUGAUCCGUUAAAAUCCGAAUUGCACGUCCUUGGUUACUCCGCGGCUCUCACUAAACCAGAAUUGAUAGAAAAAAUAAUGAAAGGCUACUCCACCAAGAAAGGUGAUGACAUUUCAGCAGAUGGAGUCACUUAUAAACCCUUCGCAUCUGACUUCGAUAUCACAUUCGACCAGCAGGCGAGCAGCGCGUCCAAAAAUGCUUUCGAAAUCUGCUGUGAUGGCCACCUCUUGAAUAUGAUCGAAUUGCAGCAAGAGGGAGCCGACUUUGAUGGCAGGAUAAAAAUUCGCUUUCUUGACCAAUAUUCCUCUUUCGAUCUCAAAGUCUUGACCAUAGUAUGA